UGAGGCCUAUAUAUACGGAGCCCCCGUAUUCCACCGUCGUUAUAACAUUCACCGAGCGUAAGAAGCAGCCUUCAUCCUCUGGUGAGUGAUUAGUCUCAUCCCAAGCAAUUUGUUCUUCCUGAUCUUGUUGGUCACUGCAAGUUGGUAUUUGACAAAAGAAAGAGCGGUAUCUUGUGAAGUGAGUCGAAGUUCCGAGCCGACGAUUUUCAUGGUUCAAGUAGACCUUGAGCUCCCCUCUUCUUUCGACCCCUUUGCUGAAGCCAAGGAAUCGGGCGCUAAGGAGUAUGUUCAUAUCCGGAUCCAGCAGCGGAACGGGAAGAAGAGCCUGACUACGGUGCAGGGGCUGAAGAAAGAGUACAGCUACGAGAAGAUCCUCAAGGAUCUCAAGAAGGAGUUCUGCUGCAACGGGAAUGUUGUGCAGGACAAGGAGCUUGGCAAGAUCAUCCAGCUCCAGGGCGAUCAGCGGAAGAACGUGAGCCACUUCCUGGUGCAGGCUGGGCUGGCGAAGAAGGACCAGAUCAAGAUUCAUGGUUUCUGAGCUUCUGGUGUUCUUGCAGUAGUAUUGUCGCGUCCACGUGUACGGGAUUUGGGCAUUGAAUAAUUCGGUGUUUCGUGUUCGAAACUUGCCCUGGUUGGGACCGUCGAGUGUUAUGCUGUUUUUUGCUGCUUCUCUUGCGAUUUUGGUUCUGUAUAAGUUCCUGGACUUCUAAUGGAUUGUAAUGAGAUUACAUUUUGCAUCAAUGGUAUUUUUGGUUUAAGAGCUA